ACCAACAGAGACGAUCUUCGUCACAAACAUGGCAGCCCGCAUAUGAAUGUCAUGCCUUUCUAAACUGCACAUUAAACUGCUAAUUUCUGCCGCUAAUAGCAAUACGACGCUGCAGUCAUUUUGAUUAUUUGUUGCCUAUUAGGUGUUUGAUUCGCAUCACUCAUCCAACAACUGAGAAUAGUUUAGUUUACUCACUCGCUGGCCGCGGAGCUUUCGUGCUAGCAUUGUAGCUUCCUGGUAAAAUCUCCAUGGAUCCUGACAGUCAGCUAAGAAAUCUUCGAGAUUUCCUUCUGGUUUACAACCGCAUGACUGAAAUCUGCUUCCAGCGAUGUGCCAGCAACUUCAACUACAGAAACCUCACGAUGGACGAGGAGCGCUGCGUGGACAACUGUGCAGGAAAGCUGAUUCGAUCGAACCACCGCCUGAUGAACACCUAUGUGCAGCUGAUGCCUCGGAUGGUGCAGCGCCGGAUGGAGGAGAUGGAGAGCAAGGCUGCAGAGAAUGCAAAAGCAGCUGAAGCAGCAGCAGCAGCAGCAUCUGGGGAUGUUGGCUCUGUAACCACAGAUGCCUCACCAGAAUUUCAAGUCCCUGUUACAGCACCCUCACUUCCAGAAGUUCCAUCAUCUUUAACCAUGUCUGUCCCUAGUGUUGGACCGGAAAUCCAUAGCUCAGUCUUAACACCAGGGUUAGAUUUACCACAUGAGCUGGAUGCUUCAAUGUCCAAAUCCACAGUUGUCCAAGAAGGUCAAUUAACAGCUGCCGCACCUCUCACUCCUGUGACUGAAACAGUGAAUCCAGCAGAGCUUAGCAAAGCCAUUAAUGGACCUUCAUAUGUGGCAGGAUUCCCCGAGCCACCCAUUGCUGUUUCUGAAAUUGAAAAUGGAAGUUCUGCGGCUUUGUUUACACAUCCUAAGCCAGCAUCCUUAUCAGAAGAUGUACCUCUCUCAUCACCUAUAUUGUCUAAAUUAGAAACCCUGUCGGGUCAAGAGAAAGCACCAGAGGUUCCUCCACCCUCGGGUCAUCAAUAACGUCCAGUCUGGGUCUGCGUUAGUGCUUCAACAGUGUUAGUGCUGUAUGCCCCGAGAGCUGAAGUUAAAACUCGACUGGGUCGAGUGAUCAUGAUGAUGGCUCUUGGUGAUUGGGUGAUCACGCGACAGUCUGGCUUUUUAAAGGUUUGCUUGCUUUUAACCUCAUUCUGAUGAUCAUCCGAAACAACUCGGCUCUCUGUUAUCAUAGUUAAUUUUGUUUUUGUUACAUAACAACAUGAAAUCUAUAAUAAAAUAAAUCAUUAAAACUUUUUUUCUGAG